AUCUAAAAAUUGGUCAGCUGACUUCUACAAUCAUUUAACCAAAAAUAUUGUAAAGCUAAGAAAAAUCAAAUUAAAAUGGCAUUACAUUCAGCAAUUAAAGGAAAAUUAAUUGCCGUAAUUGGUGAUGAGGAUACUUGUGUUGGAUUUUUAUUGGGUGGUGUUGGUGAAAUAAAUAAAAAUCGCCACCCAAAUUUCAUGGUUGUUGAUAAAAAUACUCCAGCCAGUGAAAUUGAAGAUUGUUUCAGACGUUUUGUCAAACGGGAUGAUAUCGAUAUCAUUUUGAUUAAUCAAAAUGUUGCUGAGUUAAUUCGUCAUGUAAUCGAUUCACACUCACAACCCGUUCCAUCGAUUUUGGAAAUUCCAUCAAAAGAUCAUCCAUACGAUGCUAGUAAAGAUUCAAUUUUACGACGUGCAAAGGGAAUGUUUAAUCCAGAAGAUAUGCUUGGAACUCCACGAGGUUAAUUUUAUAAUAAUUGUAAAUUAUAUGCACAAUGGAGGGUGUUCUUUAGAAGAAAUAUAAUUUCUUCUACGUGUUUUUAUAGGAUACUCUGUAUAUACUUUUAAGUAGAUUAGUAAUUUCAGUAUUUAAUUAAAAAAUGUUUUAAAACUUAAAUGUAUUUGGUUUUUGGUGAAAAAAAUAUAU